CAGAUUUAGUGCCAGGGACGUCUAUUUUUGUCUUGACGUCGCGUACCCAGUCUAGCGGCAUUCAGUUUCAAUCAUAUUUUAUCUUUAAAACAAUACAUAAUAAUAUGUAAAUCAUUAGGUAUCUAAAGAGAUUUAAAAAUAACUACACUUUUCAAAUAAUAUAAAUAGUUAAACCUAGUUGCAAACAUAGAGGUUACCAUUGUUUAUUGGAGUGUUAACAAUGAGAUUGUUUGUUCUAGUAUUAGUAGUAACAAUUGUUAACGUGAUAAAUGCAAAGGUAACAGAUGAAAAUUCCACCAAAAAAUGCGAUGCCAUGGGUGAUUGUAUUUCAGACUGCACCGAAAAAUGUGGAUGUGAUAGGGCUUAUAUUUACAAUGAAACUACAAAUGAGUGUAAGGUGAAUUUUAAAUAUAUAAUGAGUAUAACGAUUGAAAAAUAUAAUAAUCAAGAGAAAAUUCGUCAGGAAGCAGAAAGAAUAUUCAAAGGAAUAACCAUAUCUGCCAUUUUUAUAAUUUGCUGUGCUGCCACAUGUGCCCUCACUGCAUGUACAUACUGCUGUCGUAUUAAUUAUGCUGAUUAUAAAUUGAAGAGCGAUGUUGACGCUUUAACCAAGAAAAUUGGAAGAGACAAACAGAGGAAACCAGACAAAACAAAAAUAAAGCCAGAGGCAGAGAGUUGCAACGUCAUCGUGGAAGACGCCGGUGUUUUUGUUGUGUAAAACUUUUAUUUUAUCACCAAUAAAACGAUUAACUAUU